AUGGGUGACUGUGGAACCUAUCUAGACGCAGACCAGUAUUCUUUCAAAGUUUUCUCCAAUUCUGAACCUUUCCAUCAAUUCCUUCAAAAAUAUCAGAAGUUUGUUUACAUUUUUUUAUUUGUGUUCACAGUACUUUUCCAGCUAUUUGAAUGAUAAAUAUGAAUACUUUGAUCAGCUCGCCGGUGAAUUGGAAAGAAGUUUCAUCGUGGAGCAGGAGGUUCUUUGAAAGUGUGAACAGUUUUAUGAAACUUGAGAUGCAUAAAUGACUCAGUUCCUCACAACAUUUUUUUUUCAGCAUGAAGAAGAUUUUCAAAAGAAAAUGAAGUUUUGCAAAGCUCUUUCCGCAGCCAUCGAAAGACGUUGUCCGGUACUUACUUCUAUUAAUUUUUCAUAAAACAACUUCUAUACAGAAAUGGGUUUUCAACGUUGUACCCACAGGGUCUUCAGUGACGGGGCUGGCGGCGAAAGGCUGCGAUUUGGAUAUAACUAUACAUAUCCCACAAGCCGGGAAAUUCUUCCCUUCCAAUGAGGACUAUGACAGGAAAAGGUACUAUCAUUUUCUAUGUAAUGAGUUUUAAAAUGAAAAAGGUUUUUUAGAGUCUCGAGAAAUAUCUUGAAGAUCGUGCAGUAUAUUAUUAAUGAAGACGAAUACAUGAGAACGUUGAUUCGAUUUGAGCGCGAUUUUAAAAUGCAUUAUAUUGACGCAAGUGUAAGUUUCAUUCGAGCUACCAAAACUUUCCUCGUAACAUUUGAUAUUGUUCCGGUUGGUUUCAGAUUCCCUUGCUCAGAGUCUUCACAAAAGAUGGUUUCGAAUGCGACAUAGCCGUUGUGGCCGGCGAAUUUUUAUCGUCUAUGCACAAUACUUUCCUCCUGAGACAUUUUUCUAAGUUCGUUUCUGUUACUAACUUCACUCAAACACAAAUAUAGGAUAAAAACUUCAUCCAAAGUUUUUUUUUUCGGUUUCUCACUGCUUUUUUUUUGAUCGAGGUUCUCUAACAAAAAUUGCGGAGCACCCCGCGUCGAACUAUCGUUGCGCCUCGCGUGUAAUCAGGGGUGCACGCCGUUUAGCUUUAAAUUCCUUUUAAGGUAAUUCUUCUUUCGAAGUGAUUUGUUUCCCAAUAUCACCACUUCGUACUGUUUCAUAGUAAGUCGUUACGGUAGCUCAAAAAAACUUUUUAUUUCCGACCGGUUGCCCCAGGGGAUCACCCCCAUUCAGGUCCAGCGCAACAAAAAGUUCUUUUUUUUUUCGUGGUUCACUGCUGGGUACACCCUCAUUUUUGUUAAAGUUUUUGUAAGAAGAAAUCUCCGUAUAGUCAAUUUUUCCACGAUUGAAAAGCGUCAUAGACAGAUUGGCAAGGGUGCUCUCAUGCUGUCUCAGUUGAGCUGAAACGGAGGAACAGCGGUUGUAAGAAGAAGUAAGGGAUCCAGCUGUGCUUAUUUCGAAAGUCUGUGGUCCAACAGGGCCAAAACCGUUUUCGAAAAAAAAAAAAUGAUAAGUUCUAUCAGCUAUGCUCAAACCAUAGAUGGGCAAGUACAGAUCUUACUAGGGCAUAGUCUCCGCUCGACAACGAGUUGAGAAUUGAGACUUUGUGUGUGGAUAGGCCUAGGUAAGAGUGCUCGGAAUCAAAAAUAAAAUUCUGCUAAACCCCUCAGGCAACCGAGGAAAAGCUCGUCGAAAAUUUUCCAGCGCAGAUAUCGCCGCUCUCGGAGCCUUCGGCUAGCAACUGGCGGCGUGGUGUAGUGGGUGGUGGUCUUGUGCACUAUCAAUAUUGGGACCAGGGUUCGAAUCCUUUUGGCGGAAAUCGUUUUUGCCGUCUCAUAUCUUUAAAACUUUCAUAUUUUUGUGAGAUUAGGCCUACCCGCCCACAAAGCCUCAUUUCUCAACUUGUUGUCGAGCGGAGACCAUGCCUUAGUUAGUCGGGAGGAGGUGUUACCUUACAAAAAUUUUAGGCAGUUAGAAAUAAAAUCACUUUUCAACUUGAGGGAGGUAUUUACGGCCACAAUAAUACAAAUUUUAGCUUCAGGGAUGUAGUAUUAACUUUAAUUUAGUAAAACUUGGGAGAGGGGCGGUCUUUGAAAGUGGUCUGCCCAUGUUAUACGGGGGCACCCGAUGAGCACCCCAUAUACAAUGAAAAUGCUCAUAAGGUUUUAAAGUAUAGCACCGACAGCUCUAAAAGUUUACUUCAUUAUUUUUAUUGCUGCAUAUUACAAAUUUGGAGGUGUGGAAAUUCAAUAUUGUGAAUUGACCUUUUUCUAUUUCAUGCAUAAGGUCUCUCUCAAUGCGAAUUUUGGGCUUGAACAGAAAUACUUCGACUUUUCAGCUUAGAUGAACGGUUUCCUAUUUUGUGCUUUGUUGUUAAAAAGUGGGCGACCGGAAACGGAGUCAAAAAUCCGAAAGACGGCGGGUUCAACAGGUUCUUAUUCUUUUUUUUUUUUUCAUAAAUCAAUUUUUUAUAGUUAUGCUCUCGUUUUGUUAGUAGUUCACUUCCUGCAGUGCGGGACAUUUCCUCCCAUUUUGCCGAAUUUGGCUUUGGUUUACCAAGGUAUGUUUUUUUCCAAUAUUUUUUGUGCUGACUUUUCCAAGGAUAUUAGUAUUCUUCAUGUGGAAGAUUGCAAAAGCAAAAAAAAGCUACCACCUUCACAACAAUUAAUUAGCACAUGAAAUGACAGGAGCCAAGUUUUUUGCCCUGUCGGACAAAGAUUUUCCUUCGACUCUCGAUUUCGGAGCUCCUUUGCCUCGGGAUUUGCCAGGUUACUGUUAUAUUUUUUUAUUCCAAUGUUAGAAAUACAAAAUUCAGAAACGACGAAGAACAAAACGAAUGUUGCCGUAUUAUUUCUCCAGUUUCUUCACUAUUAUUCAAUCUUCGAUUUCCGUAUAAAUUAUAUCUCGAUUCGCACAGCUAGAGUGGAGAAAAGGUGUUUUAUUUUCUCGUUUUUUAAAAAGUUCGUUCAGGUCAAAGGAUAGGAAAAACACCAACAAAGCAGUUUACAUUGAGGAUCCGCUAGACGAACACAACCCAGGUCGGACAGUUCGAAGCGAAGCAGAAAUACGGGAGAAGUUCAGGUUUAAUCUUCUUUUUUAAAAAUUACAUCUGAACUUUCCAAGUAUAUUCAAAAAUGUUACAUUGAGUUGGUAAAAUCCACCAAAAUAUGAUUUUUCAAACGUUUUUGUCGUGAAGAUGUUAUUAUAUCAAACUUCACAAAGCACUGAAAUUUUUAAGAAAUUUUAAAAGAAUAUUAUUUCAGGAAAACAUUGGAGCUUUUCGACUCCGCUUCUUCGAAAUUUCCUACAGCAUGUAAUAUUUAUAACUGA